UCUCUAAAACGCUAUUUCUUUCUCUCUCUUCACUCCACACUACCCUAGAGUCAUUUCUCCUCCUACAUAACCCCCCCACUCUCCUCACCUCAGCAGUCUCUUCAACCCACAAAACCCAUUUCCAGACACUACUUUCUUCUUCAUCCCUGUAAUAUAAAUUUUGCAUUUUUUUUGUUAAUUUUAUUUUUAAUUUACCCAUUUUUUUGAUUCAUUUGUUUCCCCUUUUUGUUUGUUCAAUCAAGAAUCGAUUUUUUCCCCCAAUCUAUCAAACUACCCAGAAAACCAAAACAAAAAAAGUUGUAAUCUUUGUACUCAGAUUUCCAGUUAGAUGCAGAAAAAAUCGAUUCUCUGAGGAUUUUUUAGAGAGAGAAAGAGGGAGUUUUUUCUGGGUUUUCUAGAGAGAGAAAGUUAAAGCACAGCAGAGGGGCAGCAGAAAAAAAAAAUGGCACCAAGUUUUGAUCUUUUGUGUGCAGAGGAUAACUCUGGUAUCUUUGAUGAAGUUGAUGAUAACUAUUAUGGGGUUGUUGUUGACGAUGAUGUUUUCCAGAUUUGUAACUUGCAACAACAAGAACACCAACAUGAGAAUCUACGAAACUUGGAUAAUAUUAACAUUAAUCAUCAUCAUCAUCUUAGUUAUAACAAUAACAAUAAUCAAGAACACAACUUUGAAGCUUUCUUUUCUGGGUUUUUUGUGGCGAAUCGGGAGUGUUUAGAUUCCAUGUUUGACAAUGAAAGGCAACAUUUUCUGGGUCUUGAUUACUUGAAGAGGUUAAGAAAUGGUGAUUUGGAUUUGGGUGCUAGAAAUCUGGUUGUUGAUUGGAUUCAUAAGGUUCAAUCCCACUACAAUUUUGGACCCCUUUGUGUUUAUCUUUCUGUAAACUACUUGGAUCGCUUCCUUUCAGCCUAUGAACUUCCUAAGAGCAAAGCUUGGAUGAUGCAAUUGCUUGGUGUUGCUUGUUUAUCUCUAGCUGCCAAGGUUGAUGAGACUGAUGUUCCUCUCAUCUUGGAUUUACAAGUGGGAGAAAGCAAGUUUGUAUUUGAAGCAAAAACAAUACAAAGAAUGGAACUUUUAGUGUUGAGCACAUUGAAGUGGAGAAUGCAAUCAGUGACACCAUUUUCAUUCAUAGACUAUUUCCUUUAUAAACUAAGUGGGGAUCAAAUGCCACACAUUAGUCUAAUUUUUCAAGCCAUCCAACUCAUUCUAAGCACAAUCAAAGUAAUUGAGUUGAUGGAAUUCAGACCUUCAGAAAUUGCUGCAGCAGUAGCAAUCUCUGUAACACAACACCAACAACAACAACAAGAAUCUCAAAUAGUUGAACUCACUGAUAAAGCGUUCUCUUUUCUUACUGAUCUUGUAGAAAAGGAGAGAUUGAAGAAGUGUGUGGAAAUAGUGAAUGAUAUGAGAACGGAGAACAGAACAACCGGUGUAUUAGCUUCAACAUCAGUACCACAAAGUCCAAUUGGUGUGCUUGAUGCUUCAGCAUGUUUAAGCUAUAAGAGUGAUGAAACAUCAUCAACAACAACAACACCAUCUGGAUCUUGUGCAAAUUCUGCUCCACCUCCCAAGAGAAGGAAGCUAGACAGGACCUCUCAAUUAGAAUUUUAGGAGAGAGAAAUGAAAAGAAAAAAAAACACAAAAAUUGAGUUUUUUUUUUUUUUUUUUUAAUUUAUAUUUUUUCCUUUUUGGGUGUGUUUAUGAUGAUAAUACAUUUAGUACAAAGAAAAUAGACAAAAAAAAAAGAGAGGAGAGUUGAGCUUUAAUAAAAAUUUUGACCUAAAAAUAAUUUUAACA